GUUGGUGUCUUCCUUGGGAAAGCUCAAGCACGGUUCGAUCAACACUCAACUGUACAGCGAAAGUGCUGCAACACUGGAGAAGUUGUCGAUUCUGAAGGCAUGGGCGGAGGUGUACGUGACGGCUAUUGCCCAAGAAACAGAGACCAACGAAAAUCGAAAGGAAACAGGCGGUCUUUUUUUGCAGAUGAUGAGGACAUCAAUGUACUGGGCGCUUCUGAGAGCUUAUUGUCGCUGGUCCGUCCCGAACUCGACUCCCUUGUCUGCUACUGGCUAGCCGCUCUCAGGGAUUCUGCUCUGCUUUCACUUCCAGCGCAGUUUUCUGAUCAGAUGCCGUCUUCGGGAGGCGCCUUCUACAAGGCAGAAAGUGCAGAGGAGUGUCGCGAAUACUAUCGCAGUAGCUGGCCUCCUAUUUGUUGCUUUUGGCCAUGUGCGGCGAGCAAGUCCAAGUUCGAGUGGAACGGAGAAAUAGCAGAACGAAGAUAUGGACAUUUGUGGGAGAAGAGAAGUAGUGAGUGUGCCGCGAAGAUCUUCGCCCGUAGUGCUCCUAUUUUGUGGCUGGCUUAUGUUGCUGAGCAAGUCCAAUUUCGAGUUGCCGGAGAACGCAGAGAGAUCCCGUUUUACUGUUGCGUUUUGAAAAGGGAUCUUCUCUGCAGUGCAAUCGACAAGGCUACUAGCGUCUUGUCUAUGCCGCAGAUCAACUCGGCCCAAAUGAAAAGUCGGUCGCUGGCACCGUUACAUAUGAGGCGUUUUGGACGGUUACCGGCUGAAAGUGCCCACCUGCUUCGAAGUGGAAUCCAAUUGUUGGUCAAUGUUCCUUCACUGUGCUCGUCGAAAGGGCGUUUAGUGAUAUUGCCAAGCGUAUUGUACCUCAUUAUUGGCUUUAUUCGCGAAUCGGCUCGGGUCGAUGAAAACAGUUUCGUGCCCGAUCUUCCCACCCGGACAUUUGACGACAGUUGCCACCACAGCUCUUCAGGAGUGAGAUUGUUUCAGGCCCUGCGCAACUUGGCAUCGGCGCCACCCACGGAUUCAACCUUGUCUCACUGGAUCACAAUGAUGCAAAGCGCGUUGUACUCGAUUCUGCUGCUUUGUGAUGCUGAUUAUCGCAAAGAUGAGUGUGUGUUGAUGCUGUCGUGUGUUGUUUUGGCGUCAGUGGCUCCUCGCCAAGUGGUGCUCGGCCAUCGCGAAAGUUUCCAUCGCCUUGUACGACUCAUCCGUUCACAAUUGCACAGCGAACAUCCUCAUCACGACAAUCGCGAUAUUCAGCACGCAUCUGCGACUCGCUACGUCGGCCAUUUCCGCUCGUCUGCCGUUUGUGACCUUUCCUUUGCGGAUGAUCACCGUGUCCACGAUACCCAAGCUCGAGGGCAGCAGAGCUUUUUCAGUGCUAUACGAAGUUAUUACAUUCGCUCUCCUCCCCUUUGUUCGUCAGAAAUGUUCAGCGAAAAAAUAGCGCAAGUUUCAGAGUUCUCGCUUGUUUCACUACUCACGCAGUCCCUGUGCCGGUUACUGUGCGCCAGUUCGGCAGAUGAAUGGCGGUUGUUAAGCCAGCCAGCUCGGCGAAUACAUGAGUUCGCGCUGCAGCGACUUAACGCAGUAGCGCCAUCGUGGCCAGUAGAAUUCAAACAGGUAUUGGCGUCUCAUCCAGUUCUGAAGAAACAGCUGGAGAGCGCUUUGUUGUUCCAAUCUAGUCGGCAGGUACAAGCUCAGCAAGUGGCGAAAGCGAAAGCGGUGGCGGAAUCCAAGAACGCUCACCUAUCGCAACAACCAACAAUAAAGCUCACGAUGGAUUUCAACGCUUUCGGAAAGGCUGCUUCUUAA